UGUUAACAAAGCACAAACAAACUACAACAAAAUGAAAUUCCUUAUCUGCUUGGCUCUCCUCUUCGCCGUCGCCCAGGCUAACCCCGGUAUCGUGGCACCUUUGACCUACUCGGCUGUGCCCACCGUAGCCACCUAUGCUGCAUCCCCAUAUGCCUACAGCGCUUAUGCCGCACCUGCCGUUGCCACCUACUCACACGCCGCUUACUCCGCCCCAGCUGUGGCCACUUACUCGCACGUUGCUGCUCCAGCUGUGUACAGCGCUCCAGUCGCCCGUGUGGCCGCGGUCGCCCCCGUUGCAUACUCUGCUCCAGUCGUCUCAACUCUGUUGAAGAAAGUCCAUCAACAAAAAACAUUAUUUAGAAAAAUUCAAAAAACAAAGUCCUCUAUUUCUUCAACAGAGUUGAGACGACUGGAGCAGAGUAUGCAACAGGGGCGACCGCAGCAACACGAGCAACUGGAGCGCUGUACACAGCUGGAGCAGCAACGUGCGAGUAAGUGGCCACAGCUGGGGCGGAGUAAGCGGCGUUUCCUCAUCUGCUUGGCUCUCCUCUUCGCCGUCGCUCAGGCCAAUCCCGGUUUGGUGGCUCCUUUGACUUACUCCGCCGCUGCUGUGCCCGCCUAUACCACCUAUGCCGCCGCUCCCUAUGCCGCCGCUCCUUAUGCCGCUUACUCCACCUAUGCUGCUCCUGCUGUCGCCACCUACUCACACGCCGCUUACUCCGCCCCCGCUGUGGCCACUUACUCUCAUGUUGCUGCCCCUGCUGUCUACAGCGCUCCAGUCGCCUCAGUAGCUUCAGUGGCUCCAGUUGCUCCAGUCACCUACUCCGCUCCCUUGGUGUCCAUGACCUACUCGGCUGUGCCCACCGUAGCCACCUAUGCUGCAUCCCCAUAUGCCUACAGCGCUUAUGCCGCACCUGCCGUUGCCACCUACUCACACGCCGCUUACUCCGCCCCAGCUGUGGCCACUUACUCGCACGUUGCUGCUCCAGCUGUGUACGGCGCUCCAGUCGCCCGUGUUGCCGCGAUCGCCCCCGUUGCAUACUCUGCUCCAGUCGUCUCAACUCUGUUGAAGAAAUAG